UCGAGUAUCUAUUUUCCCAAUGUAUUAUUAACAAAUAUUGUUUUUUAUUUUCAGUUACUAAUCAACUAGAGAUUAUACAUGUAGUUUCGUCGGUCGAAAGUUGUUUAUAAAAAUCCAAUAUUUUCUUCAACUUUCGGAUUAAACAUGGAUGUUCUGCUGAUUAUUUUGACAAUUUUUGCGAUACUUGCUUUGCCACUAUUAAAAAAGUACAUAAAGAAUAAACGAAUUUCGAAAUACAUUGACCAUUUACCAGGAGAAAAGUGGUAUCCAAUAGUUGGGACUAGUUUGAGUUCGUUAAAAGCGACCAGAGAAAAUUAUUUUGACGUAUUAAAAAGCAGACAUCCCAGAUUUGGACCUUUUAUCAGACUCUGGUUGGGAAGCGUACCAGUAGUGCAAAUUUACAAGCCAGAACAUGCCCAGGAAAUAUUUAAAAGCAACAAAGCGAUCAGUAAAGGCUCGUUUUACAAGUUUCUGUAUCCGUGGUUGGGACAAGGACUAAUAUCAGGAAGUGGCCCUAAAUGGAGAGAGCAUCGUAAAAUUAUUACACCAAGUUUUCAUUUUAAAGUUUUGGACAGUUACGGAGAGAUUUUUGCUAGAAAAAGCAAACUGUUUGCUGAUUAUUUGCAAAAAUACGAUGGCAAAGGAUAUUUUGAAGUUACAGAAGACAUUACGCGAAUUGCAAUGGAUAUAAUUGUAGAGACUGCCAUGGGUGUGAAAUUGAAUUAUUUACAAAAUACUGACGGGACAGACGCUGAAUAUGCUAACGCCAUCAUAGGUUUUGGGACAAUCGUCUACAAAAGAUUAGCCAACCCGUUGCUCCGUAACGAUCUCAUUUUCAAACUGACAGGAAUAGGCAAAAAAUCCCAACACUAUAUCGACAUCAUUCACAGUUUCAAUGCUAAAGUUAUUCAAACUAGGAAAGAACUUUUGAAAGAUCACAAAAAUGAAAAAGAGAAGAAGGACGAAUUAGGACGGAAAGUAAAAAUGAGCUUUCUGGACAUGCUGUUAGCCCAGCAAGAGUUCGGAGACGACGAAGUCGAAGAGGAAGUGAAUACUUUUAUGUUUGGGGGUCAAGACACAACAAUUUCAUCUCUUACCUAUACAUUUUUGGCCCUGGGCAACAAUCCGGAUAUUUUAAGACGAGUCCAAGAGGAACUGGAUCAAAUUUUUAUAGACGACCCAGACAGACCAGUGACUCCCGCAGAUUUAGCACAAAUGUACUAUCUUGAUAUGGUCUUCAAGGAGGUUUUGAGGUGCUAUUGUUUCGUGCCGUUUUUGGCCAGGGAAUUGCAUGAUGAUAUUUUAGUUGAUGGAGUCCUCCUUCCGAAAGGCGCAAACGUCACGAUCAACCUAUACGACCUUCACCAUGAUCCCGACCACUAUCCAGACCCUUACAAAUUUGAUCCAGAUCGAUUUUUACCGGACCAAGUAGCCCAACGUCACCCUUAUGCUUUUGCCCCCUUCAGUGCAGGACCCAGAAACUGUCUAGGUCAAAAGUUCGCAAUGAGAAAUGUCAAAACCCUCCUAGCUACCAUUUUGAGGCAAUACAACAUUAAGUGUCAAGAAAAACCUGAAGAAGUCAAAUAUUAUAUGGAAAUAGUUCUAAGGCCUCAGAACGGGUUGCACAUAGCCCUGGAAUCGAGGAGCCGUUGACUUAGUGAACUCAAUACAUUCUAAACUUUUGGGUUUGGUUAAAAAUACUCUUUUUUUUUUUUUAUAGAAUCUAGGUACUUCGCUAUAUUUUCUUUAUUGAUGUUUAAUAGAUGUUUAAUAAACCUGUAAAGACAA